GGGCAGCAUGCUACUGAAGAAGCUGGUUGCUGCUCGGAAAAAGAGAGAGGAAGAAAGAGCGAGAAAGAGAGCAUUUCUAGAGAAUGGAGGGCUUGUAUUGGAGACUCUGGUUGCCUCUUGUAAUGGCAGGCCUAUUCCCAUCCGUACCUUCUCCUAUAAAGAGCUUCUCUUGGCAACCAACAACUUUGAUCCUCGCCUUAUUCUACAUAAUGACGGGUAUCGUCAAAUGUACAAGGGUUCUUUUGAAGGCCGAAUACUUUCCAUUAAGAUUCAUGAUAAAGAGUGGUCCAUUGAGAGGUUCGCAAUGGACCAUGCAUUAAAGGAUUUAGGUAUUUCUGCAAAGGCAAGCGCUCACAACAAUAUUCUGCAUCUCGCAGGAUGCUGUCUCGAAACUUCAAUUCCGGCUUUAGUGUUUGAAUAUACUCAAAAUGGAGUCCUUGCCGAUCAAAUACUUAUCUCUCGACGACAAGGUACGCCCAUGGUGUUACAGAGUAGGUUAAAGAUUGCAAGACAGAUUGCUCAUGCAAUUUCAUAUCUUCACACCGCAUUCUCUAGACCCAUCAUCCACAGAAAUAUAAAACCACAACAUAUCUUCUUAGAUCAGCAUGGUGUUCCCAAACUUACAGAUUUUUCCCAUUGCAUUUCCAUUCCCGAGGGCGAAACUUUUGUGGAAGAUGUCGUGAUAGGGACUUUGCAUUUGUUAUGCCCUUACUAUCGUUUGACAAAUAGGAUAACAGAGAAAACUGAUGUCUUUAGCUUCGGUAUGGUUCUAUUAGAGAUUUUAACUGGACAGAGUUCAUUUGAUCCAAAUCGAGUAGAUGGAGAUCAAUAUUUACCAAAUCGAGUAAGAAAUCGUGCUAUAAAUGAGAUUGUAGAUCCUGCAAUCUUAGCAGAGGAUGGAGGAGCUGGUUUAGAGCCACAAUUGCAAGCUGUCCUACGGCUUGCUCUCACAUGCAUAGAGGUCGAUCCAGAGAUAAGGCCGACGAUGGUGGAUGUUACAAAAGAACUUAGGCGGAUUGAGAGGUCUAUCGGAUGAUUAUUUUCUCAAUUGGCCCAUCUAAUUUCUUCUUUCUAUCAGGGGUCAAUUUAUAAGAUAUUUUGUAGUUGAUUUUAUUCUUGAUUUUGAGCCUCGUUUCCCUUGAAAUCUGAGUAUGUCUUCCAUUGAUAUCUUCAAUCAGUUCAA